AUGUCGUGGUACAAAGACCCCGACCCGCUGCCAUCCGGCUACUGGGGCCCCAUCACCUCGACCCUUCUCUGGUGUGAAGAAAAGUACCGCUGGAGCUACUACGUCGCCGAGCCCAUCAACACCGUCACCAAUGCCUUUUUCAUCGCUCUCGCCAUCUACGGCUACCGCGUAUCACGGCGCGAGCACCUCCCCUUGCGCUUCGCCAUCUGUCAUCUCGGUGUCGCACUCGUCGGGUUCGGAUCGGCGUGGUUCCACGGAACUCUAACCUACUCAACUCAGCUACUUGACGAGCUACCCAUGAUCUACACCAGUGCAUUUCUGACCUACUGCGUGUGCGAGACGAGCAAGGGCUACGGAAAGCCAAGGUUCCGCAUCCUCCUGCCGCUCGUGUUGACACUUCUGGUCGUGUGGAUCACCGUCGUGUAUCUGCGGAACGGCAAUCCGGUAUUCCAUCAGGUGGCGUACGCGAGUAUCCAGCUUGUCUCCACGCUCAGAGUUGUCUACCUCCUCACCAGCAAGUCCUCCGCCCUCAACACCACCCACCUCGGCAAGGAGCGCAAGAAGGAGAUCACACGGCUUUACCUCUAUGGAACCGUCAUCUUCCUGACCGGCUUCGCGAUUUGGAACGUCGACAACGUCUUUUGCUUCCAGCUCAGGCAGGCAAGGAACAAGAUCGGCUACCCGUGGGCAGUCUUGUUGGAAGGCCACGGUUGGUGGCACAUCUUGACUGGGCAUGGUGCGUACUGCUUGAUCACUGCAGGUGCUCAACUGGCGACCGGAGAAAAGGAAGACCCGGCCAACUUUAAAUUGCAGAAGGGCGUCUUUCCCUUGGUCAAGAGAGUCAAACAGUACAAGCCAGCGGCGUCGGGCAGGAAUGGCAAGAAAAAAGCCUAG